AUGAAAGUGUGGAUAGUUUGUAGUUUUAUAACCUUCUUAAUUGGAACCCAUCCUACACUGGCUAAUCCACCAACUGUAGAAACUUCAUAUGGACCAAUUCUUGGAUCACACACUAUCAUCAAUUCCAAUCUAACGGUGCUCUCCUUCAAAGGAAUACCUUACGCAGAACCACCAGUUGGUAACUUACGUUUCGAGCCUCCAGUAGCAAAAUCACCAUGGACCGACCCACUAAACGCCACAGACUACGGAAGCUCGUGCAUCCAAGAAAACGGGUCGGGUAAUGAAGACUGUCUCUACCUCAACGUGUUCACCCCUAAACUCGAUGGUAAUUUGCCCGUCAUGGUUUGGAUUUACGGAGGCGCUUUCAUAAACGGUGCCGGCACGAACGACCCCGCCUACAUCCUGGACAAAGACGUGGUAUUCGUUUCCUUCAACUAUCGACUGGGUAUAUUCGGGUUUGUGAGCACGGGAGAUCUGGUGGCGCCCGGGAAUGCGGGACUCAAAGACCAGGUGCUGGCUUUGAAGUGGGUGCAAAGCAACAUCGCCAAAUUCGGAGGCAACCCUCGCAACGUGACGAUUUGGGGUGAAAGUGCCGGAAGUGCUUCGGUUUCUUAUCUGACACAAUCUAACCUGACUAAAGGUUUGUUCCAGGGAGCCAUUAUGGAAAGUGGUACCAGUCUUUGCUCGUGGGGCUUGACCAGGGAUGCCAAGGAGACGGCUUUCAUGGUGGGGAAGAAAUUGAAUAUAUUCACAACAAACUCCUCGAAAUUGAUAAAUAGAUUGAAACACGUGGAUGCCAAAAAGCUGCAACAUUCUUCUUCCUUUAUUUAUUUAUUUGAUGUUGGAACAAGGAACCCUUUGGACGGUCUUCCGUAUGGACCAGUUAUGGAACCAGAUCACGAAGGUGCCUUCUUCUCAAGUAAAAGUCACGAGUUGUUGCAAAAUGGAGGUUUCCACAAGGUUCCAAUGAUUAUUGGAUACAAUUCGGAAGAAGCAGUCUAUGCUGAUAACAUUCCAGACUUGCUGAAGUUGUUGUUGGUGAAGUACGAUUUCCAACCAACCAAUUUGGUACCAGACGAUAUGAAUAUAAAAUCAAGUCUGACUAAGUGGUUGGUGGGCAAUAAAAUCAAAUUCCACUACUUUGGACUCGAUCUUAUUCUAGCAAGCGACUCAAAACUGGCACAGUUCAUCAGUGAUGAUCAAUUUGUUCGGCCAAUCACCGAAACCGUCCGUCUUCAAUCAGCGUUAACUCCAGUUUACUUCUACGUUUUCUCCUACCAAGGCGUUUUGGGUACCACUUCAAACAGAACCAUGCCCGGUGUUGGACACGCUGAAGAACUAGAAUAUCUAUUCAAACGCAACAAAACCAACGCAAAUUCAUCAGAUCGAAGAUCCAUUGAGAGGAUGACCACAAUGUGGACCAAUUUUGCUAAAUUUGGAACGCCAACUCCGACAGAAGAUUCAUUGUUUGAUAAUGUGAUUUGGGAACCUGCUAGAACGUCGAAUGCUUCAUCAGAUCUCAAGUACUUGAACAUUGGAGUGAACUUAACUCUUGGAGUUAAUCCUAGUGAAAAAGCUAUACAUUUCUAUCAAGAUUUGUACGAUAAAUACGGAAAUCCACCUUAUACCUCAUAUUAAACUGAUUAUUUUAUAUAAAAAAAUUAACUUAUAUUAAUAA